AUGUCAUUCAACCAGAUUUUGGCUUCAAGGGAACUCCUCUCCCUUAUAUUCCACCACCUCACGCCCCCCGACCUCGACGGGGAAUCUCCAAGCGCCUUUCUGAACUUCGCUCAAUCAUACGAGCGUAAAGUUUGUGUACGUGCACUGAGCGCUGUCGCUCGUACCUGUAAAGCACUCUCCGACCCGGCUUUAACGGUGCUAUGGCGGCGCGUGAACAACAUCGAUCACCUCUUUCGUAUACUCCCCGGAUGGUCAGAUAUUGGUGGGAGGGGGUACAAUAAAGCGCUGAUUGUCAGUGGCACCAUCACACCAGCCAUUUGGGCGCGAUUCAGACGGUAUGCACUAUUGGUGAAGGUCGUGAACCAGCGCAGCUGGGCAUGGGUCCACCCGUACACUUGGACACUCCUCUCCCCCUGGUGCCGCGGGGAGCCGCUCCUGCCGAACGUGGAAACGUUCCGCAUCCUGCCGAUCUGCGCACACAGCCCAGGCGCAACACUCUUCCUCUCCCCCACGCUCCGGCACCUCUCGGUCACGCUCUCGGACGCCCCGGAGCUCGAAGACGUGCACGUCGGCGCGAUGCUCAUCCGGCAGAUCGUGCUGACAAUCCCUGGGCUCCAGACAUUGCAUGUCGAGAGCAAGAUGGAAGCUGCGUCCCCGAUUUUGGUCGACGUCUUCCAGUGUUUGAGCGAUCUGCGGUCGCUGUCGUUAGCCGACAUAUACAUCGGGCGUUCUGAGAUGGACGUGCUCGCGGCCCUGCCGCGCCUGGAGUCGUUGUCCGUGAUGGUCAUGCUUCCUCGGUCCGAUCAGCGGCCAGACAGCGACGACGAAGGUGAAGAUGCCGAGGCAGGUGUCGUCAAUAGCGACGAGGACGAAGUCGACGAAGAGGACGGAGAAGAAGAAGGCACCGAAGACGGAGAGGACGAGGAUGACGAGGAUAUGGACGGUGAAGACAGCAUCGACGAAGAGACCCGCGCUGUUUCUCAUCGCAACCGCUACGUCGUUCCCGUCGCCUUCUACGCUCUGCGGCAGCUCACCCUCCGCGGAUCCCCCUGCAAACAAGACCUGUUGCUCCGAUACCGACCUCCUCGUCUCGAGGGCCUCUCUCUAGAGAUCACCGGCCGCGCGUCAUUCAAAGAAGUCCGGGACAUCAUCGCGUACAAUGCCCGCAACGUCCCCGCCACCCUCUCCACCUUCUCCUUGAAGACCGGUCGCACAUGGACCGAGAUGGAGCCGCUAUUGCUGAUCGACCUCAUCAAGCCUCUCCUCGCACUCUCGGACAUACAGACGAUGUGCCUCGAGUUCCGCGACGUCCCUGGGGUCAACGACGCGGACAUCGCGACCAUGACCGGCGCAUGGCCGCGCCUCACCUGCUUCCGCCUCCCCAUCAGCGGCUUCACGGAGGACCCGCCACGGACCCGACCCACCCAGCAGGCGCUUGCGCACGUCGCCACCGCCUGCCCGGACCUGCGCGAGCUCGAGCUGCCCGAACUCGAGUUUUCGCGGUUGCCGCUCUGCGUCCCGGCCACCAACCACGGCCUGCAGACGCUCUCGUUCGACAUCGCGGCGGGCCCCAACGACCGGCCGUCCGAGGGACACGGGAAGUUCGCGGGCGCGUUCGAGGUCGCGAUGGCCGUCGACCUGCUGUUCCCCAACUUGGCUGUAAGGAUGCACGACCACCCGACGCCAGUGCUGCCGGACGAGGAGCACCGCGGGUUUCUCUACCGGGCCCCGCCUCCGCGGAAGAUCAGCGCGUGGUACAAGUCGCGGUCGGGCUACUUCAAAUUCCAGCAGUCCCGAGAGACACUCGGGCGACUUCUUUACGUAUCAUACCAAACACGACCACACUUCCGCGUAGUCAACUGUACCCGCAUUGCACUGUUCUUGACGCAACCGCCGUCACCACGCACGGACUGCCGCUCCAGUUCAUUCACGCCGAACUCGACGGCCGCACAGUUGCUUCAAUGCGUCAGCAGAUCGAUGGAGUCGUCAAUCCAAGCCUGGCGGAAACUGCGCCCGCACGUGCUGUUGGUCAUGUUCUAGGAUCGCCAGAGCUCCUGCGGGCCAUAUUCGAUGUCUUCAAGCCUCGCCUACGCACAGACUAUGAUAGCCUUGAGGACGUCGCCAUGCAGGCGUCUCACAGAGCGGCGCUUGCCGCGUGUGCCCGUGUUUCCCACUACGUUUCCCAGCACGCACUCGAUGUCCUUUGGUCAUGCAUCGAUGGGAAUGUCCCGGCCUUGUUCAUCUGCUUGCCAUCUAUCAGGGAGGUAGCUGGCAAUCAAUGGGCAUGGUCAAUCACAGGCGAUAUCACCCCUGCAGAGUGGGCUCGCUUUCGCACCUUCGCGACACGCGUCCGGGAACUAUCAUACCAACCCUAUGACUCCUUUUGUCUCAUCGACCCGUUGGUCUGGACCAUUCUUGCUCGUAAAUGUCGAGGCGAUCCUCUUUUCCCCCGGCUGCGCCUCUUAGAUUACCCGGGUAUAGCGUGCGAGGACAUCGGGCCCAUCAUCAGCUUUCUCUCCCCCAGUCUCCGCAGCGUCUCCUUCCGUUUCAUUUCGCCUGAGGACGCAGCGCCCCUCUUAGCAGGGAUGAAGAUUCUUUUCCAGACUUUGGUCGACAUCGCUCCUGACCUCACUGAACUGGACUGGAAU